GUGGCACUACUUUCUCUGCGGCCCAAAUUGGACGCGGGGCUGGGAACUCCACAGCGAUUCGAUAUUUCUUUGCUGUUCGCCCUCGGAAAGCGUUGCUUAUCUUUCAAAUCAAUAUUCCGAAGCCAUCCUGUCGAUCCCGAGAGGUAAAGGCGGUGACCCUUUUCCGAAAAAAAAAAUAAGGCGCACUAUUGGAUGGUGGUGGACGGACACCGUCUGAAGAGGGGGCAGUGGUGAGGUAUGUGGUGAUCAGCUCCAUCCAGUCAGCUUCAGGCCAGCUCAGCUUCUCCACAAUAAACAGCAGAUUCUCAACCAAAUAAUAUAAAAAAAAUAACGUUGGCACAGUAAAUAACAGCAAAACAUGGAUGAAGAAUAUGAUGUGAUUGUCCUUGGGACUGGACUGAAGGAAUGUAUCUUGUCUGGUAUCAUGUCAGUGAAUGGAAAGAAGGUGCUUCACAUGGACCGGAAUCCCUACUAUGGAGGAGAAAGUGCAUCAAUAACUCCUUUGGAAGAUCUGUUUAAAAGGUUCAAGGUUGCCGGAAACCCUCCAGAAUCUAUGGGAAGAGGCAGGGACUGGAAUGUAGAUCUGAUACCCAAAUUCCUUAUGGCAAAUGGCCAGCUCGUUAAAAUGCUGCUUUACACAGAAGUUACACGUUACCUAGACUUCAAGGUGGUCGAAGGAAGUUUUGUCUACAAAGCAGGGAAAAUUCAUAAAGUCCCAUCUACAGAGACUGAAGCUUUAGCUUCUGAUCUGAUGGGCAUGUUUGAAAAACGCCGUUUUCGAAAAUUUUUAAUGUUUGUUGUCGGUUUUGAUGAGCAUGACCCGAAAACAAACCAAGGUGUUGAACCGAGAAAGACGACCAUGCGAGAGGUCUACAAGAAAUUUGACCUUGGACAAGAGGUCAUUGAUUUCACAGGACAUGCUUUGGCUCUGUAUAGAACAGAUGAUUACUUGGACCAACCAUGUCUGGAUACCAUCAAUCGCAUUAAACUGUACAGUGAAUCAUUGGCACGGUACAGCAAGAGUCCCUAUCUUUACCCACUCUAUGGGCUUGGAGAGCUGCCACAAGGCUUUGCUAGACUUAGUGCUAUUUAUGGAGGCACUUACAUGCUUAACAAGCCAGUGGAUGAAAUUGUGUAUGAGAAGGGACGUGUUGUGGGUGUCAAGUCUGAAGGGGAGACCGCUCGUUGCAAGCAGCUGAUCUGUGACCCCAGCUACGUCCCCAAUCUGGUGAAGAAGGUUGGCAAGGUCAUAAGAGUCAUCUGUAUCCUCAGUCAUCCGAUUAAAAACACUAAUAACUGUAACUCCUGCCAGAUUAUCAUUCCACAGAUGCAGGUCAACAGAAAGUCAGACAUCUAUGUUUGCAUCGUGUCAUAUGCACACAAUGUUGCAGCCGAAGGCAAGUACAUUGCUAUUGUCAGCACUACCGUGGAGACCAACAAUCCUGAAAAGGAGGUUCAGCCAGCGCUAGAACUUCUGGAUCCUAUUGACAAAUCAUUUGUUUCCAUCAGUGAUUUGUACCAACCAACAGAUGAUGGGCAAACAAGUCAGGUUUUUAUCUCAAGUUCGUAUGAUGCCACCACCCAUUUUGAGACAACUUGUGAUGACAUAAAAAGCAUUUACAAGCGAAUGACAGGCACAGACUUCGACUUUGAGAACAUGAAGCGCAAACAGAAUGACGUGUUUGGAGAUGAUGCAUAGUAGUCAUGCACUAGAUUGUGUUCUGUUCCUUCACAGCACUUUCAUAUGAGAAUACUUAUGGAACUGUUAGUGAAUUAGAUUUCAACUUCCAGAGAUACGUACAGUUGUCCAAAGAAAUACCCACCUCUUCAUUUUGAUUUGUAUUUCAAGUGUUUAGUUUUACUUAUGGGGCGGGAUGCAACUAAGAGGCAAGAUUUCAAAGUCCAGUCUGGCGUAUGUGGUCCUGUACUUGGUAGUCAAAGCUCUGCGUGCUUGACAAGUUUGUCAUAUAUUGGUGCAUCUAUUAUUGUAAAAUCGGUCUUGAGGCCUAUCUGUAUGAUGAUUUUUGAAUCUCAUUUUCACUGCAUACCGACUAUUUGCAUGUGAGUAAAAAUUUAACAUGUCCUAUGAGUAUAAACAGAGGGUCUCUACAAACUGUUCUCACUGAAACUUUUAUUCCUUAAUCUACAUUCCCAUGCAUUAUUGUACAGUUGAAUCAACGUACCAUGUAUACUUUUGUUUUCUUGGUACGACUGGAGCGGUAACUCUAUAACUGUCAUAUGUAUUGUUACUGAUCAGUGUUCAGAGGAUCUACUAAGUUUGUGACUUUAUUUAUUAAAAUAAACCAUAAAUCACUAAUUUAUAAGGCCUCUAGAGAUCUGUACAAUAUCUUCCCAUCUGUGCAUAUUACAGGGCUAAUUACUGAGGAGCAUUGCAGCUUUGAAGUAUUGGGACCAGUUUUCUCAAUAUCUGUUGUGAUUUGGUACAGGCGAGCAAAUUUUUGGUUUUUCUGAAACUAGAGGCCCUGAAAGCAAGUGAGUGAGUAAUGAGGCCAGUCCCAGCAGCUUUACGAUGGCACAAUUUUCAAGAGUAAAUUGAGUCACCAUGGCUGUUUCUUUUUUUCCCGUGAAGUAAUGACCAACAAUAUGCAAGUUACUUAAUAAGAUAAACAGUAAACCAAGAUCAUAUUUUUGAUUCUUUUCUCCUGAAUAUAUGUUACUAGGAAGAAUGAUUGAGCAAAACACUCUGUUCAUUUUUGAGAAGCAUUGGAUGAUGUGAAGGCAUAUUGAAGGGCAAAUGAAAACUAAAGGUUAAGAUGAAAAGGUUAAGAUUAAACUGCAUUUUUGAUUAAUAGACAGUCUGCUAAAUACUUAGGAAUUGCAAAACUGUAAACCUUUUGUGAUUAGUACUCCUUCCCUAUCCUUUUGUCUUGGCCAAAUCACUUUCCUCUCAAUUUAGUCUAUUAUUUGUUUUAUUUCCUUAUAUUUUUGGGCAAUUGCAUCUUCGCAAAUGCAUUUACCCUGUCAGAUAACCAGCAAGGUAACUGUCCAGUUGGGACUUAAACAUAUGGUUAGCUAGGACUGAGGUGGUUAAAAGUGCAUAAGACAAUGGUUUGCCCAUUUGCUGAUGGGCAAUGAAUUGUCAACUUGAAGGCAGUAGGCUCUGAUUGAAUGAUGUGACAAUGGAUAUGUCUUCGAAUUUUGCUUAAUUACCUUUUUGAAGAUCAAGAAGUACGUGUAGGAUUUAUCUUCAGGAGUUUGGGUCCCAUAGACUGGUGAGGUGGAGGGCAUAUGGGACAAGCAGCCUCCCAUUCCUGUGUUUUCCUGUUUACAUUUUACAGCUCUUCAAAACUAAACUAAAUGAAUUCCUGACACUGCAUGAAUUGUAAAUGGGUUUCACCAUAAUAUUUGAGAAUUAUAUAUCAAAUUGCACAAAACUAAUAUCCCCUGAAUGCAAAAGAGCAGAAAUGAAAGAAGCAGGGCAAGAAGCACCAUAUCAGUCUGACAGAACGUCACAGGUUCCAGAACUUAGAUCCCAUGGGAGUUUUAUCAAUUGACUAUUGUUGUCAUGAUUCAGCAGAAACAAUUCUCAUAGGAAAGUGCAAGUAGACUUUAAUUUAAUUAUCCAGGUGUUAAAUAGCUUCUCAACUAGAUUUUAAUCAAUAUUGUGUAUGGAUUUAGCUGCUUAGUAUCUCCAUAUAUUUGAAACUACUGCCUUGUACUGGCUCUUGAAUUUUAGUUACGGUGGAUACACAUUUUACACAUGUAACUUAUAAAGUACUUUGUUUCUUUUAUGGCAUAUAACAGGUAGUCAGCGGAUAAACUUAGCGAACUUUAUGUAUGCAGAACAAUGAGCCCAGCAGUGUAACUCCAGUCACAUUUCAACAGUUCUGCUUUGUUUCCAUCUCCCCUCUGGCUGUGCACGAGUAAGGUAAAUUACUGUGACAGAUUAUACAUCGCCCUAUUAUAAAUGUUACAACGACCUCCACGUCCAGUGUGGAUUUGCAUAGUUACUGGGUUCUCUGCUGUUUAGUAACCUAAACAGUUUCGGAACUCUUCACUCCUUUUAAAUAAGGUGCUUCAAAUCGGAAUGAAAUGGGCAUCAGUCAAGCAUUCUUGUGAAUUUUAAACUUGGCAAAGAAUGCAUUUUUUUUUUGUUUUCUCUCUCCAUUUUGACUUUUAGAAAUCCUAUGACAGUAAACUGGCAAACAACUGAGUACUCAAUAAGAAUUAUAUUAGAGUACGGGCAAGUACUGAAUGGGAUCUCAUGGCACUAGGAUGACAAAUAUUUUGAGUUUAUAUCAAUGACCUGAAUCCAGAAACCUCUGCGCAAAGUCUUCAAUCUUUGCCAACUAUUCCAGACCAGGAGCAUAGGGGAAUAACAGGAGGCACCUGGAAUUAAUCUAUAAAUGUCAGUGAUGUGAUAAAGGGAGUUUAAGGAUUUGGAUGCAGUGUUUGUGAAGGAUUAAUGGUAUAUUUGCAUGUUGGGAUGGUGCGUGACUUGGAGGUGAACUUGGAAUUGGUUGUGUUCCCAUUUCUUUGCUGCUCUUGUCCUUUUGAGGUGGUAGAGAUUGCAAGUUUGGAAGGUGGUGUAACAAGUUCCUUGAAUUGUUGCAGUGUAUCGUGUGAUGUUACACAUUGAUUCACAAUGACAAUGUUGAAGGUGGCAGUUGGAGUCAGUCAUGUGGUUCUACAGUGAAGCUUUGAUCAUUAGAUCUUCACUUGUCUGUUUUUGCUUUGAAGGUGAAGUGAAUGCUCCAGAGAGCCAGAUUAUCUCUUAUGUGGAAGACCAGGUGCUGCAAUUUAUAUCCUACUUGUCGUCUGUAUAAUGGAAGAUGGGAUAUUUGACAGAUUUUAACUUGGUUCCAUUCCGUUUGUUUGUGAAUGAAUGUACAGUGUGAUGCCACUCAAAAACCUGUAACUGCGUUUGAGACUAUUAUUUGUUUGAGGAUGAGUUAAAAUGGACAUUUUAUAGACAGUGUUCAUCUAUGAAGCGUUUUUCUGCCCUCUGACCUCUUUCCAAAAUAACCAGAUGGUAAUCACAUAUGUUUUAAACAAUGUGUCAUGUAACAAAAUACAUGAGCUAUAAGGCCAUAAUACAAUUACAAAGUGGCUAGAUUUGAUAUGUGUUGGAGAAUUGAGUUCUCCACAGUUUCUGGAGCUCAUUUCUCUAGUCUGAGACAGCAUCCUUACUUCCUCGGUCUAUUUUGGUUGAAAAGAAAUUUGCUUGAAGCCAGUAAUGUUGGUGUUGACUUGCUGACUUGAAUGAGAUCCAUUUUGCAGUUUUUUUUCUUCAUGCUUUUGUCUAUUCUUGAUGGUUACCAGUGUUUUCCCAAACACCUGGCCUUGCAAGUAAUUUUGCGCUUUGGACUCGUAUGUAGAUUGAGUUUAGUUUCUCUCUUUCCCCCCCUGAUUUUCUUGUAGACUUAUAAAUAAAAUUGAUAUUGUAUUUGGAGUGAAAUAUUAUUUGAGACAUAUGAUAGGAAAUUCUGCACUGAGUGGUUGAAAGAAUGGCAUCGGUCAUGUUGAAGAAUUUCUAACUAUUUUCUUUUCCUUGUGUAACCUGUGCAUAAACUUGAACUUUGCUGCAAAUGCACAUUGAGCAAAGUUACCCCAUCAUUCAAUUAAUUUAUGAAUUAUACUUUGAUACCGCCCAUGGACUAAGCCAUUUCCAAUCCCAUCAUCACAGGCACAUUGUCACAUAUUGCAGUACUGAGCCAAGUAAUCUUAAAAAGGCUGUGAUCCAGUGAGGAGAUGUAUAACUCGUAGUAGAAAAGACUUGUGAAUGCACUAGCACAGUCAUCUGUUGAGUCAAUAGGCCCUGCAGUUGCUUCUCCAAGGGGAGGGGACUGGUGAACAAAACAUAUAGUAAGGAAAGUCUAUAACAAGUUCCCAGAAGAAGACAACCACGUGUCAUUAUCCUUUCCCUUAAAACACCAAUAGAUCAGAAAUUUGGUGGUGUGUUGGGUGUGGAGCUUAUUCCUAUUUUAAGAAAAUAUUUGAUAUUAAUGAGAUAACAGCAGAAUGUUUAUACACACUGAAUUUGACAAUGCUAUGAUCCUUAAUUUUCAAAAAAAAUUUUGGAUUUCCAGUUAAUAGCUGAAAAAAAUCAAAACAAAAUUUCCCAUUCAUUUUUUUUUACUACAAAUCAAUUCAGAGCAUUUGACUAAACACUUCCUGCAGGUAUUUGUACUUUAAACCACAGAGUAGAACUUCCCCUUUCUCCUGUAAAACAACUAAAAGCCCUCUUGACAGAUGUUACACUGUCCUUUAAGUAGAUGUUCAUUUCUCCAGAAGCAACUCAGUGAUUCUGAGUGUACUUUUGUUCGUUCUUUUUCUGAUAAUCCUGGCAUAUGUUCCUGCACUCUGCUUUAAACCAGUGUUGAUCCCCUGGUCCGAUGCCAAUGGUAGUGAAAGGGGUAUUCUGGGCCGUUUUGGGUUGUGGUUGAAAAUCAUGCUGCUGCUUAUGGCCCACAGUGUCCCAUACAUGCCAGUUUUUAGCUACUUGAUCUGUUCUGAAUUUAUCUCAUUUAAGAUGUUUAUUGCACAAAUUAUAGAAGGCACCCUUAGUGAGAAUGCAGGCUUAGUCCGCAAAAGGAUUACAUGUUAGCCACUCUUACCUGUACUGUCAUGGAUUGAAACAUCCAUGACAGACUGAAGCAAGAUCUCAUAGAUUUUUCCAUUCUUGCUUCCUUCACUACUUGAUGUUUAUUCUUCUGGGCUUUGUUAGUCCUUGUACUACCAAGUCACUUGACACAAGCAAAGCAAACCAAGUCAACAGGUUGCUUCUUUCAUUUGGUGUUUGUCAAACUGAUUCUGUGCAAACUAAUAGUUGUUUCACUACUUACAACUUUAAAAUCUACUUGUAGUCAAGUAAUUCCUAUCAGUUGAUGAAUGUUUGGUGGGGGGGGGGGGGAACACUACAGGUAUGAAAGUCAGCUAUGGCUCAUUUGGAAGUACUCUUGCCUCAGAACCCAAGUUCUCCAGGUUGAAGCCCCACCCCCAGGAUCUGUGUGUGUAAAAGCCAAAUCCAACACACUGUUAAGGAUUCCAUCUGAUAGGAAGACCGAGACCUGUCUGCUUGUUCAGGUAGUUGUAAAAACUCUCACAACGCUAUUUCCAGGAACAGGCAAGUUCUCCCCAGUGUCCUGGCCAAUAUUUAUCUCCAUGAACACAAUUACUUAUCUGAUCAUUCACAGUACUAAUAACAUUAUCCUAAAAGUUUUGUUGAAGUAUGUGUCCUGCUCUUCUGUUGUCAAUACAGCAGAAGCCAAGAUGCUAUACAAGUGCAAGUCUUUAACAUAUCCCUUGGGCUGAGGAGCCCACUUAUCUUCAUACUUCAGCUAGCAGAAAAUUCCUUUCAGCAGAAUUUCUGCAGUAAACCUCUGGCCAGCUUUUUUUUUCCGCCUGUGCCAAGGGUUCAUUUUCAAGAAACUGUUAGGUAGCUUUUCCAAGUAGUCAACUUUCAUUUGCAGUCUAGAUAUUGUAUGAGCAGACUCAUUAAGUGAAAGGCAUGAAGGAAAAAUCUGAUAUCAUAACUUGAAAUGUGCACGUACCAGCAGGGACCAUUGAAUAAUGAUCAAGAUUAGAGAAUGUUUUAUUUGUGUACUUUGUCUAUUGUUGCCAUGGCUAAAAUCAAGUACAAGCACAAAUUUGGUGGUCUGCAUAGUUCGGUCUUCUGCCAUAUAGUGCAUAUGUCCACUGAACCACAGGCAGCUUUAACCAUUGUUGAGCAGAAACUAAACGUUUAUGUGAUUACCUUGGCCUUUUAAUGAGUCAUUCCUUAAUUGAAUAAUUGUUAUUAUGGUUUAAACAAUAAAAACUUGUUACUAACUUCAAAGAUGCACUUUUAGCAGAAUAUUGUAUUGUGAGUUUGUUCUCUUAGAUACCUGUGCUUGCUGUGUGUGUAUAAACCAUUGCUCUCUGUGGCAUGGGAAUGCCAAAGUUUUAGAUGGCUUGUGUACUGCUCUGUACUCGACACUUUCCUAUAAUGUAGAAAAUGAGGAUGUGUUUCUGUUCUCCAACAUUAAAAACAUUAAAAAGUAUUUAAAGCAA